CGCCGGUUGCACGGAUGAUGACACCAGGGAGUGAGGAUCACAUCGAUCCUGCGCUUAGCUAUGGGUCACACUGUACGUCUACACCUGCAAACGCCUAGUAAUCAAGAUUCGUCGUGGAUUGUUCGUGAUGAACCCUCUAUAGGGCCAACAAGUAUCUUCUUCGAGCUUGUUAGUCACUUCUGAUAUGUCUAACCCUGCAGAGCCCACAAGUACUGAACAGCCAGAAAGCGGCUUCACCAACCUCCACCGGCACGUGUGGCAGCUCCUGCAUCUCGUUAAGACGACCAGUUGCCAGCUUUCGGCAUGCCUAUCGCUAAACAGUCUGCUCCGCAAUACUGUUAUCCAACAGCGGUAUGAUCGCGCAGACACCUACUUGGUCGAGCGCCAGUGUAUCCUUGAUGCCUUACCACGGCAGAUCAGGAUGAUGAACGAGCUACGCCAGUCAAUGCCCGACGCGAUGCCCAGCUACCCGUACGACAGGCGGGAACGAGAAGCGUACUCUGCUUGGUUGCUCUGCGUCAUGAUGCUAGGUCCAGUUACAGGCAUCCUGGAAAGGUUGGAUGCUUCCGAAGAAAUGCUGUUCUUCUCGUACCUUGAGGACAGGCGCAUGCUGCUUAGAGGCUUGGCCGACGGUGUAGACCUCAGGUGGCUAGAAGAGCUCCAGGGUUGCCUGAAGCGCGGCUAUCAAAGGGGAGGAUGCGAACGGUAGGGUACGCUGGUUGGACCUCUGGUUGUGCGCAGCAUCGGAGGACUGAGGAGCUUGAGUCGAUCGGCUGCUUGCGGCU